AUGAAGCUGCACUUCAUUCUUUCUCUAUUUACCAUUGCCCCACGGCUCUCUUUACAGUUACUGUCGGGUGAUGUAUCCGUUCCAGAGAGCCAGGCCAUCUCCUCGGUUACGUUCGCCGACAGGCCUCUUGAACUCUUGGCGCGGCAGCAGCCACAGACGGCGCCAGGCAAGAAGAAGGAUUCAUGCAAGGCCUGCCCGAGGCGAAAAUGCAGCAGCACCGCAUACUUCCGCAACGCCGCCACUUGCAGAUGCGAGAAGUGCCCGAACGGCCAGAAGGCCAAACAGAGGGGUGACGGGUGCGAGAAGGCGCAAGACGAUAAGAAAAAGAACAAAAAUGACAAAAUCAAGGACACCAUCGAACGCAAGAAGAAGGAGUACCAACAGAAGAAGAGAUAG